CCGUAAGUGUGGAGACAGCUGAGUGCAAUUAUGGAAUGGUCAACCUCCUCACGUUGGUUGGAAUAUUGGCAAUGGGUCUUCAGCUUUUGACUCUAAUAAUUGGAGCAGCAGAUGAUAAAAGUUUUCUCAGGACAUGGGGUGAAUCUGGCGGAUCAGUUUUUUAGUUUCGGUGGUGCAUCCAAGUCAAUCAACCUUACAGUCGUUUCUUGGUUAGCUGUUACUGUGUAGCAUGAGAAACAGGUCUCAGAUGGAGAGAAUGUGUACUGUCAGAAACCAGAGAUUGUUUUAUGUGGUUGGCAUUAUUACCAUCCUUAUAAUUCUUUCUCAGAUUUUGGUAGUUCCGUAUCAAAACUACAUCUCAGUUCCAUCACAUGCAAAUAUCAGCUUGAUUUUUAGCAAAACCAUCCUUUCAAAUAUUUCGCAACAGACCAAUGCAGAUGUUUUUAAUGGUAAGGCCAAUGACAACAGUGCUUCUGGUUGGGAUGAAGAUGCUCUCAUUGUGCAAGAAGAAGAAGGAUCGCAUCAAGGCCACAAUAUUUCAACGGAGGUGGGAGGACAGACAGGUGAUUACUUGGAGAAGGAGAGACAGUUACCAACUCAGUUCACAUCUGGCCAGGGAUCAACAUCUGAUAAAAUUGCAAAAAUGAUGUACUUAAAUGAACCAGAGGACAAUCCUAUACUAGAGGGCCUAGAAACUGGACUUGAGUUCACAGAGCACGUAAAGAAAUUAAAAGAUGAUGUUUCCGAAAGCCUUGCCCCAGGUGAAAUUGCAAAUUUGACAAAAGGAUCAAUCAGAAGUGUAGUCAAUUUUAUGUCUCCAAUGGCUUUGACUACUGGAUUGGAGUCUGUUGCUGAUGCUUCAGAUACUGCAGUACCAUACCCUGCUGUCAACAUUUCUGUAGUACGCACUGACAAGAAAGAUCUUGACUUGGAAUCCAACAAACAAGGUGAUAGCUUACUACAAGCUGCUUCACUUUCACCAAAAGAUAGCUCGAGAAUGUUUGGCAAACCUUUCAUAAAGAAGAAUAAUAGAAGGACAAAAUCCAUAUCUGACAUGACUAUCUUGUUGCAUCUUGGCUCUCCACCUGCAAAUUUACCGAGACCAAAAUGGUUUUCUGCUCGUGACAAGGAGCUUCAAAAUGCAAGGCAUCAGAUUGAAAAUGCUCCUGUAAUAAGAAAUGCUCCUAGAGCUUAUGCUUAUCUUUUCCGCAAUUAUUCCAUGUUUGUAAGAAGUUAUGAAUUGAUGGAGCGUGUGCUCAGAGUGUAUAUUUAUAAGGAAGGGGACAAACCGGUAUUUCAUCAACCACAUCUCAGGGGAAUUUAUGCUUCUGAAGGAUGGUUCAUGAAACUGAUGGAGGGUAAUAGGCAAUUUGUUGUUCGGGAUCCCAGAAAAGCACACUUAUUUUAUUUACCAUUUAGUUCUCGAAGGCUGCGGAGUGUUCUGUAUCAACAGAACUUCACAAGUCAUAGGGAUUUAGAGAAUCAUCUGAAGAACUACGUGCAUGUUAUAGCUAGUAAGUACCGCUUCUGGAACAGAACCAAAGGAGCAGAUCAUUUUCUAGUUGCUUGCCAUGAUUGGGGCCCAGGUUUCACAAGGAAUAGUAUGGGAAGUUGCAUUAGAGCCCUCUGCAAUUCCAACAUUGCUAGAGGUUUUGAAAUAGGGAAGGAUGUGUCUCUGCCGGUUACCUACAUUCUUUCAGCAGAGAACCCUCUAAAAGACCUUGGAGGGAACCAGCCUUCGGAGAGGCCUACUUUAGCUUUCUUUGCGGGGGGCAUGCACGGUUAUCUUCGUCCUAUCUUGCUACAGUACUGGAAGGACAGAGAGCCAGAUAUGAAGAUAUUUGGGCCAAUGCCUCGUGAUCCUGACGGCAAACAAAGAUAUAGAGAGUUCAUGAAAAGCAGCAAAUAUUGCAUUUGCGCUCGGGGCUACGAGGUGCACACCCCACGGGUUAUAGAAUCCAUAUAUUAUGGAUGUAUUCCUGUAAUCAUAUCAGAUAACUACGUGCCUCCUUUCUUUGAGAUUUUGGAUUGGGAAUCAUUUGCCGUCUUUGUAUUAGAGCAAGAUAUCCCAAACUUGAGGAACAUGCUUCUCUCGAUUCCUGAAAAGAAGUAUAUAGAGAUGCAGAAUCGAUUAAAGAUGGUGCAACGGCAUUUUCUCUGGCACAAAGUUCCUGUGAAGUAUGACUUAUUUUACAUGAUCCUUCACUCCAUCUGGUACAACAGAGUUUUCCAGGUAAAAUCUUGAUCUUGAUGAGGAAGUCCGGAUUACUGAAAAAAGGUUUCAGCUGUGGAAAACAUCACAGGGACCAUACUGCACGAAGCUAGUGAUGCAAUCCGUGAUUAACAAGAAUUUUAAAAUUAGCUGAUGACAUAAUCUUGAAGAAAAGCACUAUUGCGAAAACCAUCCAUGAUGACAUUAUUAUUAUUAUUAUUAUUUUCUUGUAUUUUUCGUUUUGGCUCCAUGGAACUCGUCAUUAUUGUUUUUUGUAUGUUGACAUUUUUGUGUUACUUUCAGCAGAUAAAAAUUCGUCUCACAGAUUUGGCCCC